AUGCGCCACGACAGCCGAGGCCUGCAGCAAAGGCUAACCCUCGUGACAACACGCCCAGAACCCCCUAUUCCGGAUACCACCCAAGUUGUUCCAGAUACUACCUACCAGACUGGUCCGGAUAUUCCUGCUGAAAGGACUUAUAGUCCGGAAGUGGCAAUUCGGGAAGCACUGAAUGCCGCGCUUGCUGGUCUCCAAACCGGUGUCUCUCUUGACGAUUUUGAUUCUGAUGACUUUAUCAAUGCCCUGCGGCGGGACACUUUAUUCGAAGAUCUCGAUGCUGAUGUUUUCAACAGGGGAGGAGGGGACUGGUUGCGAGCCCUAGAUUCGGAUGCAGAAGGUGACGAAGAGCUUAUUCUCCAAGAUGGAAAUGAUGAUGAAUCUGUGGACGACAUUGCUUCAGUUGCCAGUGACGAGAGUGGUGACAAUCUUGCGAAUGAAGAUGAUGAUGUUCCUGUGGAAUUUGAUCUGACUAGUGAAGACUUGGAUAACCUCCGCGCAGGAGGCUGGGACGUCUACAUGGAGCAGCAGUCUUGUCAAGUACUGCACGAGGGCUCUUCUCUCUAUGUUGGUCCGUCUGGUCCAACCCGCGCUGCCUUAGCUUACGCUGAAAACCCAUUGGCGAUCUUCUAUUUCUUCUUACCGAAGGAGCUGUGGCGAAAAUCGCAAUAA